AUGGCCCAACCUGCACAACUAGGCUUUCAAAAUGCCGCUUCCCCAAUUAUAGAAGAAUUAUUACACUUUCAUGACCAUGCAUUAAUAAUCGUAUUCUUAAUUAGCACUUUAGUAUUAUAUCUUAUAGUCUUAAUAUUAACAACAAGCAUAACUUACACAAAUACAAUAAAUGCACAAGAAAUAGAAAUAGUCUGAACUAUUUUACCCGCAGUAAUCCUAAUUAUAAUUGCACUUCCAUCCCUACGUAUUUUAUAUCUUAUAGAUGAAGUUAAUAACCCACACCUAACAGUAAAAGCACUAGGACAUCAAUGAUAUUGGAGCUAUGAAUAUACAGACUACGAAAAUCUAACAUUUGACUCAUACAUAAUCUCAACACAAAAUCUACCCCAAGGAAACUAUCGCUUAUUAGAAGUUGAUCACCGAAUAGUUGUACCAAUAGAAUCUCCAAUUCGCAUACUUAUUUCAGCAGAAGAUGUCCUGCACUCCUGAGCAGUUCCAGCAUUAGGAAUUAAAACUGACGCCAUCCCAGGACGACUAAACCAAACAACAUUUACAGCAUCAUAUCCUGGACUAUUCUAUGGACAGUGUUCAGAAAUUUGCGGCUCUAACCACAGCUUUAUACCAAUUGUAAUUGAAGCCACAACUCUAUCUGGAUUUGAGACUUGGUCAACCAUAAUACUCUCAU